CAAGGCGCUGCGUGUCUUUCCCAAUUCAAUCCUCUUAAGCUUACUUUCGUAACCAUCGCCAACGUCAACUCCUUGACCUUACAGGACUUGCCUUUUCCUUGUUCUUUUUCCUCCCUCUUCUCUAUUCCCUCUCUGUAUCUGUCUCUGUAUCUUCUCCCCCUUCUCCCAUUCUCGUCACUUGUGUUAUAAUUUCUCCCCUUUUAUUUCUCUGCAAUUGGAAGCAACAGAGUAGCCUUACGAACUAUCGAUAGCUUACCCGCCCGCCUUUACGUCUCCUUACAUAUUCCUAAGUAGCUAAAAGGCACCUAGAGUCACUAGUAUCAUUUAGCUACCCAGCUAUCCCAUCCGAUACAGCUUAAUACUUGACCUAGGUAGCUAGUUACCAACCGGUUUUCUGUGUCACUCCUUUUAAUCCAAGACAAUUUCUUUGUCAAACUCUGUCGCCCCUCCACGCGAAGUACGCACGACGAACGAAACAACGUAUGCCGCGCAUCACAACGACCAACCACCUACCCCUCUCGCGCAUUUGAGCUGCUUCAGCAGUACUGGUAUCCCCUCGAGGAUUCACCAUGGCGUCGACCGAACGUGAAGCGAACGAGCUCAAGCAGCAAGGAGCCAUUGAAGCCGCUCAGGAUCCCGAAUCUGCUGUUACGUCUAACGACGCUCAGAAAAGAUUAGUUGAGGAGAGCAAAAAUGCAGGCGUCGCCGCUUUCACAUUCGACCCGGAUGCCAGCCCAGAGGAAAAGAGAGCCCAGGCUAAAGCUGCUGUACCUAACGAUAUCCGCCAUUUACGAAAGCCGCGAGGUGUAGCUAUUGCCACCGACGUCGACGACGGCGCAAAAGCUGAUUAUGCACUUCCCUCUCCUUCAAAGGCUGGCGCUAUUGUACAUGCCAAAGACCAGGAUGGGCGAUCGAUUGCAGAUGAGAGCACAGCUAAAGAGGAAGAAGACCUGGCUGCGAUGGUCGGGUGGACCCAGCGGUUCGGCUGGCCUGUCGACAGCGUCAUGGAGGGCGACAGCCUGUUGGAUCAUACCACCUGGUUAGAGGGAACUGUUCCUGACCAGUACUUUGGAGAAUGGUAUCACAAUGCUGCGAUCAUCAUUUUUGCUUGCCUCUCUUCAUGGCUUGUCGCCGUUCUUGGGGGUGGUCUAGGCUGGGUCAUUAUUAUUAUGGGCACUUGCUCUACUUACUACCGUACUUCGAUCAGACGCGUUCGAAGGAACUUCCGCGACGACAUUACAAGGGAGAUGGCGCUGAAGAAGUUGGAGAAUGAUCACGAAUCUGUUGAAUGGAUUAACUCGUUCUUAGUGAAGUUCUGGCCCAUCUAUCAACCCGUCCUCGCCCAAACCGUCAUCAACUCCGUCGAUCAGGUUUUGAGCUCGGCGACUCCUUCGUUUCUUGAUAGUCUGCGACUAAAGACCUUCACUUUAGGAUCCAAGCCUCCUAGGAUGGAUCAUGUCAAGACUUACCCCAAGGCAGAAGAUGACACUAUUAUUAUGGAUUGGAAAUUCAGUUUCACACCCAAUGAUAAGGAAGAUAUGACGGCUCGCCAGAUCCAAAACAAGAUCGACCCUAAGGUCGUUCUCGAAAUCCGCAUUGGCAAAGCCAUGAUCAGCAAGGGUCUGGAUGUUAUCGUUGAGAAGAUGUCCUUCUCCGGUAUUAUGCGCCUAAAGAUCAAGCUUCAAUUCCCUUUCCCGCAUAUUGAGAAAGUUGAAAUGUGCUUUCUCGAACGCCCGGAAAUUGACUAUGUCUGUAAGCCCCUCGGUGGCGAAACUUUCGGUUUCGACAUCAAUUUCAUUCCUGGUUUGGAACGUUUCAUUCAAGAACAGAUCCACGGCAACUUAGCCCCUAUGAUGUAUGCUCCGAAUGUCUUCCCUAUUGAGGUUGCGAAGUUACUUGCAGGUUCUCCUGUUGACCAAGCGAUCGGAGUGAUCGCGAUUACGAUCCACGGAGCUCAAGGCCUCAAGAACCCUGAUAACUUCGCCGGCAAUCCCGAUCCGUAUGCCGUGGUCACCUUCAACAAGAGGGCGCCUCUUGCUCAGACCAAGGUUGUCAAGGACACUCCGAAUCCCAGAUGGGGCGAGACGCACUAUGUCAUUGUUACGUCGUUUAACGACUCGCUUGACCUUAUCGUGUACGACUACAAUGAUUUCCGCAAGGACAAGGAGCUCGGUGUUGGGUCCUUCCCGCUCGAACGGAUUGAAGAGCUUGGCGUGUACGAGAACGAGCGUCUAGAAGUCGUUGCGCACGGUAAAGCUCGAGGUGUGGUCAAUGCUGAUAUUCGCUUCUUCCCCGUCCUAGAGGCUACAGAACACGAAGGCAAAGUAGAACCACCUCCAGAGACUAAUACCGGUAUCCUGCGAUACACUAUUGAGCAAGCAAAGGAUCUCGAUGGCACCAAGAGCUUAGUUGGCCUACUGAACCCAUACGCCGUGCUAUUGCUUAACGGAAAGGAAGUUCACCAGACCAAAAGGCUCAAGCGCACCAACAACCCGAUCUGGGACAACGGCUCUAAGGAAAUUCUUAUCACUGAUCGGAAGAACGCCAAAUUGGGUCUUGCUAUCAAAGAUGACCGCGAAAUCGCAGGAGAUCAACUUAUCGGCACUCACCAGAUCAAGCUUGAUGAUAUGCUUGAGAUGAUGGAGAAAGGUCACGAGUGGUACAAUUUAUCAGGAGUCAGGACUGGAAGAGCAAAGCUGACUGCUCAAUGGAAACCUGUUGCACUCUCCGGCGUGUUAGCAGGAACUGGAGGUUACCAAACCCCUAUUGGUGUUAUGCGUCUCCACUUCAAGAGUGCGCACGAUCUUCGGAAUUUCGAAACUAUGGGUAAAUCGGAUCCCUACGUUCGCGUGCUACUCUCUGGUAUUGAAAAGGGUCGGACUGUAACGCACCGCAACACGCUUAGCCCCGAGUGGGACGAAGUUAUUUACGUCCCGAUGCAUUCCUCUAGAGACCGUCUAACUCUUGAGGUUAUGGACGCCGAGAAGAUGGGCAAGGAUCGUAGCUUGGGUUUGGUCGAGGUCUUUGCUGGUGACUACAUCGCUGAAGAUGAGGAGACCGGUGAAUACCUCGUUCAUGAUGCGAAGAAGGUACAUGAGGGCGGCCUCCGCUUACACGGGAAAGGUAUCGCAAAGGGAACACUCACAUACACCGUUGCAUUCUACCCAUGCCUAAACGUCGCAGACCCUGAAGAGGAGGAAGAAGAAGAAGAGACAAAGGAUAAAGAAGCAAGCUCUGAGCCACCGAAGAAGUCGCUCGAUGUUCCUCGAUCAGCGGAAGCAGGAAAGAUUCCUACACUAGAGAGGAAGGAAAAUGGCAGCGUACCAAUCUCACCAACUUCGCCCACUAUCCCCAAGUCGCCAGUCUCUCCUAGGUCGACCUCAUCUGGACGAAGAUCUCGUGAAGCUCACCGCGAGCGCCCCAAGGUGCACCUCUCCCCCGAGGAAUUACUCAAGUAUGAAUGUGGGUUCUUGAUAUUCAAGCUGAUGGAGGCCGAAAUGCCUAAAAGCGGAACGCAUCUUGAGAUAUACGUCGACGACAUGCUAUACCCGUCCUAUAUCUCGGGCACAGCGAAGGGUAGGAGCUUUAAGUUCGAUGAGAUCGGCGAUUGCUUUAUCCGUGAAUUGGACUUCUCGCGGCUGACACUCAAGGUGAGAGAGAAGCGGGAGAAGCCAGGUGAAGAGCGUGAUGAAGAUCAUACCGUAGCUCGAUUGACGGGUAACACGCUGGAUACUCUAAAGCAAUGCCUGAAUAACCCUACCGUUCUCAAGCUAAAGGACGAGGAAAACAGAACUGCCACGGUGAAGGUCAGCUUGAAAUACAUUCCUGUCAAGAUGCAACUCGAUCCCAGCGAGAGCAUCAAUAACAUGGGUAACCUUCGCGUCGACGUGCUAGAUGCAGCAGAUCUACCUCCUGCAGACUCGAACGGCAAAAGUGACCCAUACUGCAAGUUCGAGCUCAACGGACAGGAUGUAUUCAAGACCAAGACACAAAAGAAAACGCUUAAUCCUGUGUGGAAUGAGUACUUCGAGAUCCCCAUACCGUCAAGAACCGCUGCCAAGUUCAACUGCAAGGUCUACGACUAUGAUUUUGCGGAUAAGCCUGAUUUUCUGGGUGGAGCGGACAUCAAUUUGGAACAGCUUGACCCAUUUAAGGCAAAGGAGCUCAAGUUGCUUCUGGAUGGAAAGUCCGGCUCCGUCAGAUUGCGGCUCCUCUUUAGACCCGACUAUGUUACACGCUCUCGACUAGGUACCAGCACCUUCUCAGGGACGUUUGGCGGCCCUGGUCGGAUCGUAACUGGUGUCGUCGGUGCUCCGGUCAAGGGUGGUGUCGCGGUAGCUGGCGUCGUUGGCCACGGAGUUGGAAAAGGCGCUAGCUUUAUCAAGCGAGGCUUUCGAGGCAAGAAGGACGAUGAAGGCAAUGGCCUAACUCUAACAUCCAGCAACUCCGAGAUCCCCACCAUCGUGACAAAUAGUCCUGAUGCUGCCGCACCAGGUCCCGGGCUUAGACGAACGACAGGUUUAAGUGUAGAUGGCGAAUCAGCAGCUGCUCGGCCUGUGACGCCCACGGCCAACGGCAAGUCGCACGCACGCAACCCAAGUUUAGGUGGAGUCUCUAUUCACAGCUUAGCCCCAGGCGCUGCUGGCGCUGGAACAGCCACUUUCACCGUAGUUUCUGCGGAGGGAUAUCCUUCGUCAUCAGAUAUCUACGUCCUAAUCAAACAACUCACGCCCAAAGAACGAACUAUUGGCAAGACGAAACACCAUGAGUCUCCUGACGUGGUACGAUUCGACGAAAGUUUCAAGCAUACAUGCACCCCUGAUACGCAAUUCCGUGUCGAAGUCAAAGGUCACCACACUUUCGGUAGUGAUGACGAUUUAGGCGAAGCGCUAUAUUUCGUAGACGAGAGCGGCGGUGGUGAAAAGGAGAUCAAGGUCGGCGGCGGAACGGUGGUUUUGAAGAGUACAUUCGAAACCAACGAAAGCCCGAGUCCAAGAGGUGGGAAUAACGCUUUACGGAGGAGUUUUUUGAGCAAGAGAGAAACCAGGAAUAGCCGAGAAGGAACGCCCACAUAAGUCUUACAGCAUGGGUUUUAGCAUUAGGCGCUCAGGAGGCUACAGGUUAUAUAUCGUGGCAACUACCUAGUGAAGGGACAGUUCCACCUGCAGUGUUUUCAUAGUAAAAGAAUUUACAUUUUAGUUAAUUAUGAUGAGUUUAGCCUAUCCAUAUAGUAAUGACAAGUUUACCAUGUA